AAAUAUUUUGUUUCACUGGUUUGAAUAGGUCGAAAAUUGGAACGAACACCUAGAAUUGGAAUUUUGUGAUAAAAUUAGAAGAAAACUAAAAUCAUGACUCCACCAUUCUUAUAAAUUUGUAAACACAGAGAAAUUGUGAAACCAAAUCAAUCAAGGGAGGUCGAAGAAAAUGAGCGGCGAAGCAGCGAAGACUGUGUGCGUCACUGGUGGCUCUGGAUACAUAGCUUCUUGGAUUGUUAAAUUCCUUCUCCAACGAGGUUACAUCGUCAAAGCCAGUGUUCGAAAUCCAGCUGAUCCAAUCAAAACUGCCCAUUUGCUUUCACUGGAUGGAGCUGCUGAGAGACUUCAUCUCUUUAAAGCCAAUCUCCUAGAAGAAGGUUCCUUUGAUUCUGCUAUUGAGGGUUGUCAAGGGGUUUUUCAUACUGCUUCUCCCUUUUUCCAUAAUGUUUCAGAUCCUCAGGCUGAACUUAUUGAUCCUGCAUUGAAAGGGACACUGAACGUUCUAAAGUCAGUAGCAAAAUCGUCAUCUGUCAAGCGAGUUGUCUUGACAUCUUCUAUGGCUGCUGUUGCUUAUAAUGGACAGCCUCGCAAUCCUGAUACAGUAAUUGAUGAAACUUGGUUUUCUAACCCUGAGAUUUGUAAGGAACUGAAGCUUUGGUAUGUGCUCUCCAAAACUUUAGCCGAGGAGGCAGCCUGGAAUUUUGUAAGAGAAAAGGGAAUAGAUAUGGUUACAAUAAACCCGGCUAUGGUUAUUGGUCCAUUAUUGCAGCCAACACUGAAUACUAGUGCCGAAGCUAUUUUGAACUUAAUAUCCGGAGCACAAACAUUUCCAAAUUCCACAUUUGGAUGGGUUAAUGUCAAAGAUGUUGCUAAUGCACACAUUCUAGCUUAUGAGGUUCCAUCAGCCAAUGGAAGAUACUGUCUGGUUGAAAGCGUGAUUCACUAUUCAGGAAUUGUCAAGAUAUUGCAUGAUCUCUACCCUUCACUUCAACUUCCAGACAAGUGUGCCGAUGACAAACCGUUUACACCCGUGUAUCAAGUCUCAGUUGAGAAAGCAAAGAACUUGGGCAUUCAAUUCAUUCCCUUAGUAGAAAGCCUGAAGGAAACUGUUGAGAGCUUGAAGGAAAAGAAUUUUAUCAACUUCUAAACUUUUAGGUAUCUUGAGAGCCAUGAAAUUGUUUGAAUUUUCUGACAGAAAAUGAUUUAGGUAAAAAAGUAAGUGCUUUGUGUGAGGCCUUGGAAUUGAAGCUUUACUCGAUGACUUCUAUGAUUUUCUAUUAGUUAAGUGUAAUAAAAUUCUUCAUGUCA